GGACAGUGUCAUGUGAUUCAGAAAGAUUUAGACCUCAAUCUGCACUGUGGUCACUUAUUGUGUUGGUCAGCCGAUGAACCAAUCCUUUGGAGAACUGUGAGAUUAUGGGGAUCUGGCAUUUGAUUCUUCUCUUCUGUCUGCUCACAGAUUUCUUGUCUGCCAGCAGUGUGAUAACCACCGUGGGAACAAAUGUUGUUUUGACGUGCACCUACGAUGCGGAGUAUUAUGGGAAGCUGCCUGUGUGCUGGGGCCGAGGGUCCAUUCCCAGCAGCGGCUGUGGGAACCAGGUGAUCAAGGCGGAUGGGACGACAGUGGUCAGCAGGUUGUCAGAGCGAUAUGCCCUCCAGGGCAAUUUUGGUCAGGGCGACGUGUCGCUCACCAUACAGCAGGCUACGGAGGCUGACUCUGGCAUAUACGGCUGCCGCGUGGACAUACCAGGCUGGUUCAAUGAUCAGAAACAUGAGGUGACGCUUAUGGUGAAACCAGGGCGUCCUUUUCCUUUAAAACUUGAAUCAAGAGAGGUGAGGGAGAGAACCAUCACUGUCAGCUGGACUUCAGGGUUUGAUGGUGGCAGAGCCAUAACGGCCUACAUUAUUGAUCUGAAGAACAAACAUGCAUCCUGGGAUUCUGCUGUAAGAACUGAGAUCACACAUCCACGUCUGACACAGGCCACUUUGGUGGAUUUGCGUCCUUGGAAGACCUACAACAUUCGCAUUUUUGCCGUCAACAGUGUGGGAAUGAGUGACGGAAGCAACGUUCUGACCCUCACAACUAAAGAAGCAGCACCUGAGGGCCCCCCACUGGACAUGCGGCUUGAAGCUCUCACUCCUCACACAAUGAGAGUUUCUUGGAAGCCUCCACAGGCGGAUCUCAGAAACGGGCAACUGCUGGGUUACAGCGUCAGCUACAGAGCGUAUGACCCGGUGAGGAAACAGUUUCAGAAGUGGCAGCAAGUAAGCGUGCGGGAAGUGGAAACCAUCGUCCUGGAAAACCUCAAGCCUUCCACCCAGUACGGCGUGCUGGUCCAGGCCAAAACCAAUGCAGGGCUGGGACCUGCCUCAAACGCACCCCUCUGCUCCACUCUAGAAGAGGUUCCUGAAACAACAACGCCGGUCAGUUCAUCUGUUCCAAAUGUUGUAACACAUUGGAAUUCUCACACAGAUCGCAGACCAGUUCAGAAAACCACUUCUGUGAGGAAAGAAACCACAACAGCCGUCAUUCCAGAUCUUCUAACUUCCACAGCUGAGGUUUCUUCAAUGUCCAGUUUUUGGGAUCAAACCUCUUCGGCAACGACGUCAGUUCCCCCGGAUCCCCCAGUAGUAGAGCUGAAGGAGGUGAGAGACAACACCUUUUCUCUUUCUUGGAUUCCUGGUUUGGAAGGUGACAGCCCCGUCACUGGCUACUGCCUGGAGUACAAAGCAGUCAACGCUUCUUGGGAUUAUACGAAAGCUGUUGUAGACUUUGGCCCCAACCAGACAGAAGCCACAAUAAUUGAGAUAAAUCCUUCAACCUACAAUCUCCGCAUGUUUGCAAAGAGCAGCGUGGGCAAGAGCAAAGCCAGCAACGUCCUCACAAUCACCACUGGAGAAGCAGGUCAUCCCUUGGAUGCCCUCAUAGCCUCAACUCAAACUGAGGAUUUUUUGCCUACUGAGGAGGUCCGUGGUGCUCACCCAGCUGCCAUCGUUGUGCCUGUGGUGCUGGUGGUGCUGAUCGGUGCCAUGGCAACCAUUUGGCAGUUGCGCCGAGUCAAAAAGAAGACGGACAGCCUGAGCCUGUGGCUUACCAAUGGAAAGAUACGCUACAGACAGGCAGAGCCACUUCAAGAGCUGUAAAACUCCAGCUUUCUCCACUAACAGACCAGGGAAAACCUGAAAAUCCUUCAAAAUGCAUUAAAUUCCAAAGUUACAACACUUAACAGAAUAGUUUUUAUGCAUUUGUGAUGAAGAAAAGCUAAAAUGGCAAAUAAGCUUAAAAAUUUCGAAGGAAUUUACUGUUUUAAUAUGCAGCAAUAUUUGUUAAUAGUAAUCAGACUUUCAUUUUAAUCACCACUCUUUUCUUUAAAGGUUUAAGAUAUUCUGAAAAAAAUACAGAGUGGAAGUUUUAGCAUGUUUUAUUUUGUGUUUGUUGUAGCUUUAAUACUCCCGACAUCACGUAAAAUCAGAAACUUAAACCUGUUAUUUUUAUUUUUUUAAAUUUUAAAAAGCCAAGAAGGUUUCCUGAAUUCUCCACUGAUAUUUCAAUGCUUUGUUAACAUGAAAUUGUUGAAAAUGGCUUUAAAGGUUGCAAUAUAUAAUUCAAAUACAUAAUAAAAGAUUAUGGAUAUGUGGCUAA